AUGACCACUCGCUCAAUACAGCGCAGAAACUAUGCCAUGGCAGCAGAAGAAUCCAACAAAGGCGUGGAUCCCAAUGACUCCUUCCUCCAGGGCAAUACCGCCAACUAUAUCGACGAGAUGUACCUUUCGUGGAAAAACGACCCCUCUUCCGUCCAUAUCUCAUGGCAAGCGUAUUUCCGCAACAUGGAGGAUGGCACCAUGCCUACCUCUCGUGCCUUCCAGCCUCCCCCCGGCCUCAUCUCACAAGCUGAAGGUGCCGCCGGCGUCGCCCCAGCCGCUGUGCCCUCGGGUGGUCAUGAUGUGACCAAUCAUUUAAAGGUUCAGCUCCUCGUUCGAGCCUACCAAUCUACCGGUCAUCACAAGGCCAAGACCGAUCCCCUGGGUAUCAGAGGUGAAGCAGAAGCUUUUGGGUACCGUCGGCCAAAAGAGCUGGAGCUAGAACAUUAUGGCUUCACGGAGAAAGACCUCGACCAAGAAUUCUCCCUGGGUCCUGGUAUUCUCCCAAGAUUUGCGACUGAUGAUCGCCAGAAGAUGACUCUACGAGAUAUUAUUGCAGCCUGUGAAAAGAUCUACUGUGGAAGCUAUGGCGUGGAAUACAUUCAUAUUCCAGAUCGCGAGCAGUGCGACUGGAUCAGAAACCGUGUCGAAGUCCCAACCCCCUUCAAAUAUUCCACCGACGAUAAGCGUCGGAUUCUCGACAGAUUGAUCUGGAGUUCCAGCUUUGAAAGCUUUCUUGCCACAAAAUAUCCCAACGACAAACGUUUUGGUCUGGAGGGCUGCGAGACUCUCGUACCGGGGAUGAAAGCCAUGAUCGAUCGCAGUGUCGAUUAUGGUGUCAAGGAUAUCAUCAUCGGCAUGCCUCAUCGAGGAAGACUCAAUGUCUUGAGCAACGUCGUUCGGAAACCAAACGAGUCCAUCUUCAGUGAAUUCUCUGGAACCACCGAGGCUGCGGAUGAGGGUUCCGGUGAUGUCAAAUACCAUCUCGGCAUGAAUUUCGAGCGGCCAACACCUUCAGGAAAGCGCGUCCAGCUUUCCCUCGUGGCAAAUCCCUCCCACUUGGAGGCUGAAGACCCAGUCGUCUUGGGCAAAACGCGUGCAAUCCAGCACUAUAACAACGAUGAGUCAAAUCACAAGACCGCAAUGGGCGUCUUGCUGCACGGAGAUGCUGCAUUCGCUGCUCAAGGUGUAGUGUAUGAGACCAUGGGAUUCUAUGCUCUCCCUGCCUACUCAACCGGCGGAACCAUUCACAUCAUCGUCAACAACCAGAUCGGCUUUACCACCGAUCCACGAUUCGCACGAUCCACGCCUUAUUGCUCCGAUAUCGCCAAAGCAAUCGAUGCCCCCGUCUUCCAUGUCAACGGUGAUGAUGUUGAAGCUGUCAACUUUGUCUGUCAGCUUGCGGCGGACUGGCGAGCUGAUUUCAAAAAAGAUGUGGUCGUCGACAUUGUCUGCUAUCGAAAACAAGGCCACAACGAGACAGACCAACCGUCUUUCACUCAGCCUCUCAUGUACAAACGCAUCGAAUCUCAAGUCCCACAAAUCGAUAAAUACGUCCAGAAGCUACUUGACGAGGGCACCUUCACCAAAGAAGACAUUGAUGAACACAAGAAAUGGGUAUUGGGUAUGCUGAACGACAGUUUUGAUCGCAGCAAGGACUAUCAGCCCACUGGAAAAGAGUGGCUCACAUCUGCCUGGAAUGGCUUCAAAUCACCAAAGGAGCUCGCCACCGAGGUACUUCCCCAUCCACCUACCGGUAUCCCAAAAGACAUCUUGACAGAGGUCGGCACGAAAAUUGCCGAGGCUCCAGAAGGAUUCACCAUUCAUCGUAAUCUCAAGCGUAUUCUAGCAGGCCGAAAGAAGGCGGUUGACGAGGACAAAAAUAUUGAUUGGUCUACUGCCGAAGCUCUUGCCUUUGGAUCCCUGUGUCUUGAGGGCCAUCACGUUCGAGUGUCUGGUCAAGAUGUGGAAAGAGGUACCUUCUCACAGCGACAUGCCGUUCUCCACGACCAGGAAACCGAGAAGACUUGGACUCCCCUUAACAACUUGACCAAGGAACAAGGAGCCUUCUCCAUCUCCAAUUCAUCAUUGAGUGAGUUCGGUUGCCUAGGCUUCGAGUACGGGUACUCAUUGUCGUCUCCUAAUGCACUUGUGAUGUGGGAAGCUCAGUUCGGUGAUUUCGCAAACAACGCCCAGUGUAUCAUCGACCAAUUUAUUGCUUCUGGUGAAGUCAAGUGGCUACAGCGAUCUGGUCUCGUAUGCUCACUACCCCAUGGUUACGAUGGUCAAGGCCCAGAGCAUUCCUCUGGUCGAAUGGAGCGCUACCUCCAACUUUGCAAUGAGGAACCUCGUAUCUUCCCCUCAGCUGAUAAACUCGAUCGCCAGCACCAGGACUGCAACAUGCAGGUCGCCUACAUGACUGAGCCCUCCAACUAUUUCCACAUCUUGCGACGACAGAUGAACAGGCAGUUCCGAAAACCCUUGAUCAUCUUCUUCUCCAAGUCACUCCUUCGACAUCCCCUUGCGCGAUCCAAUAUUGAAGAUUUCACUGGCGAUUCACAUUUCAAGUGGAUCAUCCCAGAUCCAGAGCACGGCAAAGCUAUCGUUGAGCCAGAAGAAAUUGACCGUGUGGUUCUUUGCAGUGGCCAAGUAUACACUGCACUCCACAAGUUCCGUGGUGAGAAGGGUCAUAACAAAACAGCAAUCACUCGUAUCGAACAGUUGAAUCCCUUCCCAUGGGCCCAGUUGAAGGAGAAUCUGGACACUUACAAAAACGCAAAGACAAUUGUCUGGUGUCAAGAAGAGCCACUCAACGCUGGCGCUUGGAGUUUCGUCCAGCCUCGCAUCGAAACUCUCCUCAACGAGACGGAACACCAUAACCGACGACAUGUCAUGUAUGCGGGCAGAGAUCCUAGCGCAUCGGUGGCGACCGGUUUGAAGUCCAGCCAUAUUAAGGAGGAAAAUCAGCUGCUUGAAGAUGCAUUCUCUGUCACUCAGGACAAGCUGAAGGGGGAGUAA